UUUAUUUUGAUGUAACACAGCAGCAAUGGCCGCCCUGUCGAGCGUGUCGUAGCUGAAAGUACUUACUUUCCUUUACAUGGAUGUUUUAUUAUCCCUCUAGAUUUUUUUUAUGGCAGAUAAACGACAGCGUGCCAGGGUGCAGGGCUCUUGGGCCAAACAGUUGCCCAAACCACCGAGACCAGCAGCUCCUCAAAGCCAAAGUGCCAAUGCAGCUUCCGCAUCCUGGGGAAUACAUCGACAGACCACAUCUGGGAAUGUUGAGUUCCAACAGCCCAUUAAGCAAGUUAGAGAUGUUCCAUCAGAAAAGGUUAUUGACCAGGCAGGUGAUUAUGAGAUCAGCCAUGGACCGUCAGGGGUGUCAAGAUUGCGGUUGGUGCCGAGAUUCCUUCCAGCUGAGGAGGCUGACUGGAUGUUCGCUAAGCUCCUGGCUGAGCUUCCCUGGUCGCAAAAGACCAACUUUAGACAAGGUGAGGCCUACGAAGAGCCAAGGUUGACAUGCUGGUUUGGGGAGUUACCCUACACGUAUGCUCGUUCCACCAUGGCGGCCAACACAAAGUGGCACCCGCUGCUGUUGAACCUUCGCCGAGCGGUUUCCGAAGCGAGCGGCGGCUGCGGCGGCGACGAACGCUUCAACUCGCUGCUGUGCAACCUGUACCGAGACGGACACGACAGCAUCGGCUGGCACAGCGACGACGAAGCCUUGCUGGGCCGGCAGCCCGUCAUCGCCUCGCUUAGUUUGGGUGAUAGCAGGGUGUUCAGCCUACGCAAGAAGCCACCUCCGGAAGAAAACGGUGACUUCACUUAUGUGGAGCGUAUUAAAGUUCCUCUGGGUCACGGUGCUCUGCUUUUGAUGGAAGGAGCCACGCAAGAUGAUUGGCAGCACCAGGUGGCGAAGGAGUACCACGACCGCGGCCCUCGCAUCAACUUGACUUUCAGGAGCAUCUUCCCCGAGCCGCAGGGCCACCGGCCGGGGACCAAACUGCACUUUACCAACCGCCAAACAGACAUGAAUGCUACUAACUAGAAGCCAACAGAAGCAACAAAAAGAACUGCACUAGGUGAGAUUUUCAGUUUUCUCAAGAGGACCCCUCAGUUUGAAAGGGAUGAGACGCAUAUUUAUCUCGAGUAGCACUCAAAUGUUUGGUAUCAAUUAAUGAGUACAAGAAGUGGCACAUACUGAUGUGACGAUUCCAUUUACCCCCCUCUUGUUGAACUUAUAAUAAUAAUAAAUGAACAAGUUUGA